GGCCAUGAGCCGCUUCUCUAAAACCACGUGAUUUCUGGGAAGAGGAGCGGCGCUGAGAGCAGCAGGGUCCGGACCGCAGCUCAGCAGCUCACACUGUCAGUCCGCAGGCACCGCGGAGGAAACGCAACCGAGAUUUUAUAGAGCCAUGGCAGGGGGGAGAAUGCGAUCCACUCGAAGACUGCGCAACUGGAUCGUCGAGCAGGUGAGCAGUGGGAAGUUUGCAGGAGUGAUGUGGGACGACGACGCCAAAACCAUGUUCCGUAUCCCGUGGAAACACGCCGGGAAACAGGACUUCCGCAAAGACGAGGACGCCGCCAUCUUCAAGGCGUGGGCCGAGUUCAAAGGCAAGCUGCGGGACGGCGACCUGAACAACCCGGCGUCCUGGAAGACUCGGCUCCGCUGCGCCCUCAACAAGAGCCCCGAGUUCACCGAGGUGAUGGAGCGCGCCCAGCUGGACAUCUCCGAACCCUACAAGGUCUACAGGCUGGUGCCCAUCAGCGAGCAGGGCGUGGUGGUUCCUGAGAAGAAGUGCCGAGGAAAACCGGCCAAGAGGCCAAAAAGGAGGCGGAGCAGCAGCAGCAGCAGCGAAUCAGAGAGCAGCGACAGUCAGAGCGUCAGUCCGGAGAAACAGAUAAAGACGGAGGAGGUCACGUCACAGCUGUGUGUUGAAGACGUUCUGCAGUGGAACGACAACGCCGUCCAAACACAAGAACCCGCUUCGUUCAUCAGCGCCACACAGACCGACGGAGAGAUCAGGGUGGACGUGCGGAUCGAAGAGAGCCUUCCUGCUCUCAAGGAAGGUCAGGACUCGUUCAGCGUGGCGGUUCAGUAUUUAGGACACGAGGUCCUCAGGAGUCAGAUCCAGAGCCACGACGUGCGGAUCACGUACCUGCCGUCCCCUCCCGUCCCGUGUCGGCCCGCCAUCCUGAGCGGCGGGUUCCCUCGCAUCCCGCUGCCGGAGCCGCCGUCCUCGCUGCCGGCCGGCCCCGAGCUGCAGGCGCUCGCCACGCUGCUGCCCUUCAUGCAGAAAGGCGUGGUGCUCACCGACAUGGCCAAGGGCGUCUACGGCAAACGCUUCUGCCAGGGGCGGGUCUUCUGGCGGGGGCCGCACACGACCACGCCCGGCCUGCACAAGAUGGAGAGGAACACGGAGCCGGUGAUGCUCUUCAGCAAAGACACGUUCAUGCAGCAACUGGAUCAGUUCCGUGUGAACGGCGGCGAGCCUCCUCAGUGCGGCGUCACUCUGUGUUUCGGAGAAGAGCUGAGUAACACGGACGACUCGUCAGGAAAACUCAUCAUAGUUCAGAUCACGUUCCCGUGGGCGGAGCAGCAGGUGAGGACCGCUCAGUCCUUCGUGGAGUCCAUCAGCUUCCUCCAGUCUCUGGCCAGCCAGUCUCCACUGGGAGAAAUCACUCUCAACCUGGUCACCGUUCCUUCUCCGGACCCUGACUCAACAACCUGCGGGACCAUCUGAGCACUUUGUCCAACCGGAGCAGACGCAUUGCCAAAAAUCCCCCAAAAUAAGAGACUACCCAUUCUUUCAAAAUAAGAGGGCCGAGAGAUUUAUCGACAUCUUCUUCCCCCUUAAGUUCAUCGAUCAACAAUGAAAUGAAUCAAAACCUCCAAAUAAAUAAAUCUUCACUUUGGGAAGAUUUCAAAAUAAGAGUCUCUUUAUAUAGAACUUUACAGCACUUAUAUUAAAAACUUUAAACACUUUAUAGAACCGAAGAUUGGAAAGCAAACUUCAUUUUUCUUUUUUUUUUUACGCUGAAAUUUUUUGGAAUGGACUUGAGCCCCCUGAAAGUCCUCGUAGUUGAACCAGAAGCACUACAUGUAAACCAACACUGAGAAGACGUCUAAAAAACGACAACUUUCUGGAUAAUCAACUCAUCUUUUUAGUUACUUUUCCACACAGUAAUGUCAAACUUUCUCCUGGUUUCAGCUUCUUAAAUCUGCAUUUUCUUUCUUGGUCAUGUACCACUAACAGUCAUAGAAAAAAUGAUUAGAUCAUUGUUUUCUUCAAUUUCUUGCUCAUUUUAAUGACUGGUACAAUUAAAGGUACAUUUGUUUGGACAAAUAUAAUAACAGCAACAAAAACAGCUCAUAAGAGUUUAAUUUAACAGCUGAUAUCUAGACAUUUGGUUAAAUUAUUAAUCAAUUAUUAUUCAAAAGUAUUGUUACUUACCCAAUUGUUUUAAUUUUUGCUGUUAUGAAGCAUUAUAAUAAAAGCAUUUAACUUGCCUAAAACUAUUAUUAAUAAAUUGUAAAUAAUUAUUUCUACAACUUUCUAUACUCAAAACUGUUAUUUAUUCCUACUUUAAUUUAUUUUCGAUUUUUUUAUUUUUGUGAUUUUGGUUAUUAUCAAGAACACAGAUGUUAAAUGACUAGAUAUCAGCUCUUAAAUUAAACUCCCAUGAGCUAUUUUUGUUGUUAUCAUUAUAUUUGUCCAAACAAAUUUACCUUUAGUUGUACAAUGCAUUAAAAUUAACAAGAAUUUGAAGAAAACAAUGGUCUAAUAAUUUUUUCCAUGACUGUAUGACAUGAAUUUAGCAUCUUAAAGGGACAGUUAUUAUAUAUAUUAUUAAAAUGGAAGUAAAAAAAUGUUUUACAUAUAUUAAAAAAUUGCUUUUAAAUGGAAAAAGAAAAACAAAAAGAAAAGUUGAAUGGAAAAGUAUAAAUAAAAGUACAAAAAAAAAUAGAAAAAGAAUGUAUUGUGUAUGUGUAUGUAUAAAAGUAAAAAAAGGAUUUAAAUUAAUUAUGUUAAUUAUUAAAUAAUAUAAUAUCAUAAAUAAUUACCUCAUACAAGCCCACUUUUACAAAAAAUCCAGACUAUCCUUUUUUAUGCUGAAAGUGUCGUUUUUUUUAUUAAUUUGCUCUUUUUUCUAACUAUCUUUUUAAACAACUAUCCCUGUAAGGAUUUAGAUUGUUGUCUUUUACAAUUUAAAGAUUCAAACACAUAAAAUAACUGCUGGUUGCAGCUCUAGUCGUCUUAUUCCCCUGGAUGCCUGGACCUGUAGGGCAGUGGUUCCCAAUCAAGUUUCAACAGGAAAAACAAACCCAACAUUGAUUUUUUUCUUGUGAAAAACCUAAAAAAAUAAGUCCAAGAACCACUGCCCAUUGUGUUUAUAUUACAGCACUGUUUAAACCUCCUCAUUAAGUCUUUAGAUGUUAAAUAUUAAUCUUAGAGUAGAAUAAAAAGUAAAACAUCUUAUAAAACUACAACAUACUUCAGUAGAGAUAGUAAAGAUAUGUUAGUCGCACUUUUCACUUUUUUAAUAUAACGUCGGUUAGUCGAGGGUAGUUGUCUUAAUUUUUUUUGUCAUGUUAGGCUUCUGUAGUUAAAUACAAACAUUGAUACAUUUACAAAUGUGGGUUCCAGGUUGUAUAUUGAUGUAUUAGAAGAACAAAAACACAGCAGGAAAGGAAAAAUCCAACCUUCUAUACUUCUGUUUCACUGUUAGAAAUCAUCCGUUCUGGACAUUCGGUGCAUUUAUUGUGUUAUUAUGUGAGAAAUUAAUCAGUGUACCAAGUUUACCUUUGACUUACCUCUAAAACAAAGACUAGGGGUUAGUGUUCUGACAAUGCUUUAGUUUUAGUUUAAAUGUUUUACUGUUGUUAUGCAAGUUAAGGUUAGGGGCAUACAGAAGAAGAAGAAAACAUCCUGAAUUUUCAUGCAAAAGUCUUGCAGUAAAUUCAGUCUGCUGCAGCUCAGAUUUGUUUUUGUUGUCAGACGUGUUGGUGGUUCAGUUUGAUGUGUCUGUUUCCUAAUACAGGAAAUGCUUAUUUGCAAAAGUUGAUGAUUUCCUCUUGAUAAAAUACAUUGUUUUGUGAUUGAAUUCAAUUGGAGGUAAAUUCUGUUUUUUACAUUUUUAACAGCGUCUCUAAUGUUCUUAACCCUCCUUUUUUUUAGCAUUAAUAACCACUAAACAUUUAAUAAACUGCUUGUAACACACUAUAAUGUACUUGUAUGCAGCUAUAAAGGAUAUUUCUAAGUGUUUAUCAAUGCACAGUACUUGUCAGCAAAUAUAAUGUUUACUAUGAAGUAGGGCUGUCCUCGACUGGUCGACUAAUUGAUUAUUUUAUUAAAUUGACGGAUCUGUAAAACUCCACAAAGAAUCGUGCAGAAGCACCACUUUAAAUCUUGUGUUUACUAUAAAAGUGUAUUAGUUUCUUGGAAAAGAAGUGAUUCAGCAUGAAAAAAAAAAAAAAUCAUUAA